CUCUUGGGCUCUCCCUAACUUUGUUCAGCAACGACGAUAUCUGACCGUCCUUUGACAACUAGAUUAACAUAACUUCCCAUAAUUCGUUUGAACGGCUUCUCAGUAUCUAUCAGAACUGUCGCCUGGUACAGCCAUGGCUUCCCAAUCUCAUCAGGAGCCGGACCCGCUGGAUGUCUUGCAGAAUAUGGUCAACGAUGUCCUGGUACAUACUGGGAAGGCUCUCAGAGCUUCCCGCAAGGAUGCUCAAGGGAGUACGCAGUCUACUCAGUCAACCCUCAAGUCCAAGUUGCCCGAGUCUAUUGACGGUUUCCGGGAAGCCUUACACAAGCUCGAGUGGGAUAUUAUCGAUGCCAAGUCUGUUCUCAUGCGUGAUAUCAAGCGUCUACAAGAACAGAAGCAGCAGCAGAGCCAGCAGAUUCAGCAAAGUCAACCUACUCCUGUAUCCCAACCCCCACGACCUCAACCAGUUGAAUCUCAGUCCAAAUCUCCCAUGGUCAUCGACCUUGAAUCAUCGCCUCCUCCUCCUCCUCCCCCUCAGGAUCAGCAUAUGACAGAGAUUAAGACUAACAAACCAGUCGCCCCCUUUCCUGACAUGGGCAUGGGGCUUCCCGAUGUCGGCCAACCUAUCAGUGUGCCGAAUGAUGAGACCAGCUCAUCUGUAAUUCCAAGUACUGGACCUGAACAACCGAUCACGAGGGCAAUUUCUCCUGCUGCCCCGGCUUCAGCUCCAGCUGCCACCGCUCCGAUGGCUCCUAUGCCAAUCAUGGAGCAAAAGCCUGUGGACAACCAAAACAAUGAAGUGACAGACCUUACUGGCGACGGGCCCCAUUCAGAACUCAACUUUACAAAUAUGCAGUUCACGCUGGCUCCGACAAACAACGACUCGCAGAACCCUUCUAAUUCUCAGGACCCUUCAUUUGACCUUGCAACUUUUGCUCCCCCGGAGGGUAAUGAUGAUAUACUAGGUCUGGACGACAUCCUGCCCACCAACAACACUUCUCAGACAAAUGGCAGCUCACAACUGCCUGCUGGAUCUGCCGAUAACGCAUCCAAGCAAGACCUGCCAAUGGAUACAGACAAUCUGGGAGCCUCACAGGAAAUGUCAACCAAUAAUUAUGACUCGGUUUUUGAUGACGAGAUUUUCGGUGGUCUCGGCACAGGCGACGGUCUCGCCGAUGGAACCGACGACAUUACUUUUGAAUCCCUCAUGAACGACCGGGAUGAUGACAACCUAAACUAUGGCGAAUUUGAUGACACCUUUCUCCUCGAGAAUAUAUAG